UCUCACUCACAACCACACUCGUAAAGAUUGGUGUGAUUAAUGGCGCUUUCUCUCAGCCAGACUCGACCACCAAGCCUUAGCCUUAACCUUAGCGUCGUCGUUCCUAAGAGAAGGUUAGUUUCAAUCCGAUGCGGUCCACGCGACAACCGCGGACCACUUCUCAAAGGUCGAAUCCUAAGCACCGAAGCAAUCCAAUCGAUCCAAUCUCUCAAACGAGCACAUCGAACCGGUAGCUCAAUCUCUCUUACCCUCCGUCCUCUCCGCCGUCUCAUAAAAUCCGAUCUAGUCUCCGUCCUACGUGAGCUUCUCCGUCAAGACUAUUGCACUCUCGCUGUUCAUGUUCUCUCCACUCUUCGUUCAGAGUAUCCUCCUCUUGACCUUGUUCUCUACGCCGAUAUCGUUAAUGCUCUUUCGAGGAAUAAAGAGUUCGAUGAGAUAGAUCGUCUUAUUGGAGAAAUAGAAAUAAUUGAUCAAAGAAGUGAUGAUAAGGCUUUAGCUAAGUUGAUUAGAGCUGUGGUUGGAGCUGAGAGGAGAGAGUCGGUGGUUAGGGUUUAUACCUUGUUGAGAGAGAGUGGGUGGGGGUCUGAGUCGUGGGAGGCUGAUGAGUAUGUGGCUGAGGUUUUGAGUAAGGGUCUCUUGAGACUAGGAGAGCAAGACUUGGCUGCUCAGGUCUCACUCAAAUCUUCAAUUCUAAACCCUUGAAUUAUUCGGGGUUUUCGGGUUUUGGUGAAGGUCAUAAACUUUUGUAACAUGUGGUAGAUACUCAUUUGGAUUCCAUGUUUCUAUCAUUAUUUUGGUAAUGUUAGCAUUCCUAUUUUGUUGCUA